CGUCGCAUACUGAGACGUCAUUUAGAUACGCUAACGUUAGCGCUCUUCUUUGAACAGACGUUGUGGUCCAUUUUUAUCUCUCGAGGUUAAGCUGUGUCAGGAUGACUGAGAACGACGUGGACAACGAGCUGUUGGACUAUGAGGAGGAUGAGGUGGAGGCUCCGGGGGUUGGGGAUGUUGGAGGUGCAGGUGACUUGUCGAUAAGGAAGGAGGGAGUGAAGGGCUCCUAUGUGUCCAUUCACUCCUCUGGAUUCAGAGACUUCCUGCUAAAACCUGAACUGCUCAGAGCCAUAGUGGACUGUGGCUUCGAGCACCCGUCUGAGGUUCAGCAUGAAUGCAUCCCUCAGGCAAUCCUUGGUAUGGAUGUGCUCUGUCAAGCCAAGUCUGGUAUGGGAAAGACUGCAGUGUUUGUUCUGGCCACCCUGCAGCAGCUGGAGCCUGUCACUGGACAGGUGUCUGUCCUGGUGAUGUGCCAUACCAGAGAGCUGGCGUUUCAAAUAAGCAAGGAGUAUGAGAGAUUUUCAAAGUACAUGCCCACUGUCAAGGUGGCAGUGUUCUUUGGAGGGCUGUCUAUAAAGAAAGAUGAGGAGGUGCUGAAGAAGGACUGUCCUCACAUUGUGGUGGGAACACCGGGCAGGAUCCUGGCACUGACACGCAACAAGACACUCAACCUGCGUCACAUCAAACAUUUCAUCCUGGAUGAGUGUGACAAGAUGCUCGAGCAGCUUGACAUGCGCAGAGACGUCCAGGAGAUUUUCCGCAUGACUCCUCAUGAGAAGCAGGUCAUGAUGUUCAGCGCCACCCUGAGUAAAGAGAUUCGCCCAGUCUGCAGAAAGUUCAUGCAAGAUCCAAUGGAAAUCUUUGUGGAUGAUGAGACCAAGCUGACCCUGCAUGGGCUGCAGCAGUACUACGUCAAGCUGAAGGACAAUGAGAAAAACAGAAAGCUCUUUGACCUCCUGGACGCACUAGAGUUCAAUCAGGUGGUGAUCUUUGUGAAGUCUGUCCAGCGGUGUGUAGCUCUGGCUCAGCUUCUGGUGGAGCAGAACUUCCCAGCAAUUGCCAUCCAUCGAGGGAUGCCACAGGAGGAACGUUUGUCUCGCUACCAGCAGUUCAAGGACUUCCAGAGGAGAAUCCUGGUGGCCACCAACCUGUUUGGACGAGGGAUGGACAUUGAGAGAGUCAACAUUGCCUUUAAUUAUGACAUGCCAGAAGACUCCGACACUUACCUACACAGGGUGGCCCGAGCAGGCAGGUUUGGCACAAAGGGCCUGGCUAUCACGUUUGUGUCUGAUGAAAGCGAUGCCCGCACACUCAAUGAUGUCCAGGACCGCUUCGAGGUGAACAUCAGCGAGCUGCCAGAGGAGAUCGACAUCUCCUCUUACAUUGAACCAGCACGAUAGACGAGCCAGAUGCUCCCCUGGGGCUUGCAGUCACUUUGUAUUUGCAGUUUCACUCUGAUGGUAGAUGCAGACUGUCUUUAUAUAAACCCUGGCAUGUCAGACAGCAGAUAUUUUCCUAAUCCUGUGACAUUUGCUUUUUGAAAGAAUCUGUUUCAUAAUGUUUGUUUUAUUUAAGUUUCUAAUGUCAGUAUUUGUUAAUGGAUAUUUAAUUUUGAUAUUGAGUUGUUUUAUGAAGGAGCUGGUUUUCUAGAUGUGACAAGUUGAAUUGUUAUAAGAGCUAGUUCUUGGACUGACAGUAGAGAAAAAGACAUGACUAAACACUACUCACUGCUGUGUGGAUUAAUAAAUAUGGUUUUUGCUUGGUAAA